UUUUCAUUCAGCGUGGGGAACUUGGAAGAAGCGUCGCAGGAUUCGCUGUGCUGUGCGUUGAAUAGCGAAUAUGGCUCGAAAUGCUGAAAAGGCGAUGACAGCCCUAGCGAGAUUUCGCCAGGCUCAACUCGAAGAUGGAAAAGUUAAGGAGAGGAGGCCUUUUCUUGCUUCAGAAUGCAACGAGUUACCGAAAGCAGAAAGAUGGAGAAGACAGAUAAUCAGUGAAAUUUCUAAAAAGGUUGCACAGAUUCAAAAUGCCGGCUUGGGGGAGUUUAAGAUACGGGACGUUAACGAUGAAAUCAAUAAGCUUCUCCGAGAGAAGGGACAUUGGGAAAUUCGGAUUAAGGAGCUGGGAGGUCCUGAUUAUGCAAGAGUUGGACCUAGGAUGCUGGAUCAUGAAGGGAAAGAGGUGCCAGGAAACAGAGGCUACAAAUACUUUGGUGCUGCCAGAGAUCUACCAGGGGUUCGGGAGCUCUUUGAGAAAGAGCCACUCCCUCCUCCAAGGAAGACUCGUGGAGAGCUUAUGAAAGAUAUUGAUGCAGAAUAUUAUGGCUACAGAGAUGAAGAUGAUGGUGUUUUAGUGCCUUUGGAACAGGAAUAUGAGAAACAAGUCUUAGCUGAGGCUGUGGAGAGAUGGAAGGCAGAGAAGGAGGCUCGCCUGGCCGGGGAAGAAGCAGGGGACAAGGAGGAAGUGGAGGAGGAAGAAUAUAUUUACGCGGUUCAAGAGGAUAUGUCUGAUGAAGAAACUGGCGAACCUCUGGAAGGCGAGGAAGGAUCACAGAAAUUUAUAGCGCAUGUCCCAGUGCCCUCCCAGAAAGAGAUUGAAGAGGCCCUGGUCAGAAGGAAGAAGAUGGAGCUGCUGCAGAAAUAUGCCAGUGAAACUCUAAUGGCACAAAGUGAAGAAGCGAAGACACUUCUAGGAUUGUAGCAUCAGCAGCCAGUGGAUGGGUGGAACAUGUUUGUUCUGCAAUUAUGUGUCAGACUUUUAUGAAAGAAGAUUGGCUUUAAUACCUCUGGGGUCAAAGACUGUUGGCAACAUAACUCUUGUUGUAUGUCCCCCACAGGAACUCGGGUUUCAUUGGAAAGCUACAUAAUGGGAUAAAAUGUUGUGUCAUUAGCUCUAUUGACAUAGGUACCAGUGAAGCCAACCACUUACGUUGCACCGCAAACAUCUCACAAAAUAUUGUACAUAACAAGUUUUGUUUUUUCGUUUUGUAAUAGGAAAUACUUUUGUGGAUCAUUUUAGUAAACUUAUUUUGUAAAGAAAAAAACAAUUAAAACAAUUUUAUUUGUUUUAAAAGCAUGUCGUCUUCUCUCAUAAAGAGUAAAAACUAGACAUCAACUAGAAUAUUAGGAUUGAAACUUCAUUUAAAAUAAUAUAUUAACAUAUCACUAUUCAGCAGGUUUCAUUCAACUUUACGAAGGAAAAUUAGUUAAUUCUAUAGGGUGAUGCAAAACUUUUGUCUAGAGUUGCACAGAUUCUAUUGGAUUUUGUAUGACUGUUGAAGUGUUUGUUUUGGUUCAGUGACCCCUCUAUAGUUACCAAGGUGCUGAUGCUAAGAUACAAAUCUGCUGCCCUUGGAGCUGUUAUCACAGAUUGGAAGAUAAGAGGCUGAUAGCAUCUGUCAAAAUGCAGGGUACACCAAUGAUGAACUGGAUGUAAAUGGUAUUUACAUUUCACUUUGGACCCUUCAUACGCUACAUUAACACAGCAUGGUUCAAUAACUACGUGUACGGUAAUUACAUCUUUGCUGUAUGCAUUUGAAUGCUAUGCCAUCUGAUUCUUAAAGAAAUGUAUUUAUAAAUGCAUACAUUGUAUUACUGGAAACAGCAUAGGAAUGUUUUAACAAGCACCAUUUGGAAUGUACCUGCGGGGCCUGUAUCGUACUGGACCAAACCGAAAUAACAAAACUUCUUUAGCACAUACAGGGGAAGGUCCAAAAUAUCUGAAAAACUUGAACUAUGAAACACUGUUGUGUAAUGUGUCUUGCUUCACAUGAAGGAUUAGUUUGUUAUUC